UCUCCAAUGGCGGCCGGCGGCGGGGUGCCGUGGGCGGAGGGGGUACGCGCGGUGGGGCUCCAGAUCCGCAACAGGUUCCGCGUGGCGCCCGUGGACCGCCGCUGGCUCUGGCGCAGGCCCGAGGGCCGCGCCGCCUCCGAGGCCGUCCGCCAGUGGUCCGACCGCGUCCGGGCCCUCGUGCAGCGGGACAAGAAGCAGCAGGACCAGGGCUCCGCGUCUCCUGAUGGCGCCGCGGCGGCGGUGAAGCCCUCGUCUAGCGCUAUGAGAUUCUACAAGAAGAAAGUGGGCAAAGAGAUUGAUGGGCUUGAAGACUCUGUCAUUAUGCGUUCCCUACAAGCACUGGCAGUUCCUCUCAUUGGCAAUGCUUGCCAUAUUUUCAUGCAUGGCCUCAACACUGUCCAGAUUUAUGGUGCGGAGAAACUUCAGCAGGCAUUACAGGAGAGACCUAAAGGGAAACCUCUAUUAACGGUCAGCAAUCACGUCGCUGCUAUGGAUGACCCCUUUGUAAUUGCUUCUCUUCUGCCACCAUCUAUCAUGCUGGAAGCGCAAAAGCUGAGAUGGACAUUAUGUGCUACUGAUCGUUGCUUCACAAAUCCAGUUUUAUCAACAUUCUUCAGGUCGGUUAAGGUGUUGCCUGUUUCUCGUGGUGAAGGCAUCUACCAAAAGGGGAUGGAUAUGGCACUCUCGAAACUUAACAAUGGUGGAUGGGUUCAUAUAUUCCCGGAAGGAAGUCGUUCAAGGGAUGGAGGGAAAACCAUAUCUCCUGCCAAGAGAGGUGUUGGAAGAUUGGUAAUGGACGCUGACAGCCUACCGGUUGUUGUCCCGUUUGUCCAUACUGGGAUGCAGGACAUAAUGCCUGUUGGAAAACGUAUCCCUAGAACAGGCAAAACGGUGAUUGUGGUUGUUGGUGACCCAAUCAAUUUUAACGACCUGAUCGCCGACAACAGUGAUGACACCCAGCAUAUCUCUAGAGGCAUCUUGUAUGAUAAAGCAUCAGAGAGGAUCGGGCAGCAGCUGCAGCUACUGAAGGUCAAAGUUGACAGAUUGGCAGCAGAGCAUAGGGCUGAGCUCCAAAACCGUCACACAGACAAUACGGUAAAUGAGGGAUGCAGGGUGUGGCAGCAGGUUGAUUGGGAUACAUUUGGCGUAGGUAGCAUGCUGCCAUCAGCAGAACAUUCCUCGGUCCAGGAGCUGCCAAAGCAAGUCCAGCAUGAGCUGCUGCUUGCGGAACAAAGCAUCUCUCCACCAAAGCAAGCAGAGCCUGAACCGCACCUUGAGGAACAGAGAGUGUCUCCAGUCCCAAGUGCAGCCAUGCCUUCCGACCUUGGCAUUCCACACUGGUUCAGCCGUCACGCGGAUGCUUCUGAGCUCAUGGGGUUCGCCGCACGUGGCUUGUUCAAGAAUGGUAGGUUCAUGGACGAAGGCUACCGGCAAUUGGAUCAAUCGGCUGCGUUCAGCGUCUGGCGGGAAGCUCAGGGCAACAAUGCGAUGCGAUGGAGCACCGCUUGACUUUGGCCAUGUUUACACGCCUGGCGACUCUCCCUUUGUACAGUUAUGAGGACAAUGACGCCGACAUGAAUUUAGAUACAUUUUGUUUUCUUCGUGCUUGGCAGUUUAGGAGCUAGUAUGAACGAACUGGACAGCUAAGGUUGUCUUAGAGACGAUGUAAAAUUUCUAUAGCUGAACUAUGCUGAGUCAGGUUUGAUG